CUUAUAGAAACUGUAGUUAUACAGUUUGCACACACUUGGAUAGAACAUGUGAAAACACACUUAACCUGCACCCUCUUCAGUUAUCUAUCCUACACUGCACAUCAUUAGCUGCGGUAUUAGGAAUUUUGAAGAAGAAAAAGUGCGUCGGGACAAACUAAAGAAGUUUUUCUUCAUAGUCUUCUCCAAAAGAAAAAAUAUAUGCUUGUCUUAUUUGUUGAUUACUUAAAAAUGUGAAAACUAGCGUUCUACAGUCUUUCUCAGGAACAUACGAAAUACAUUCAAUGUUUCAAGUUACAUCAAAGAUUGUUGCCUUAGCAAAAUCAGGUAAAAUCACUUUGGCACGAAAGCUGUUCGAUGAAAUGCAGCACAGAGACACAAUAGCUUGGAAUGCAAUGCUAACUAGUUAUUCUAAAUCGGGUCUUUAUCAAGAUGCUUUAAGUUUAUUUUCCGAAAUGAGAUUUUCUGACACUCCACUGGACGAUUUCACUAUUACGUCUGCUUUGAGUGCAUGUGCUGAUUUGGGGGAUUUCUAUCAUGGAAGCAAAAUUCAUGGGCUUGUUGUUAGGUCUGGAUUCCAAUCUUCAUUACCUGUGUGUAAUUGUCUCAUUCAUAUGUACGGGAAAUGUUUGGUUCCUUUGAAUGCGUGUAGAAUGUUUGAAGAAAUCACUUGUCAAAAUGACGUUUCUUGGUGUUCUCUAUUGUUUGCUUAUGUGAAAAGUGGGGAAUUGGAUAGAGGGCAGUGGGUUUUCGAUAAUAUGCCAAAUCAUGUAGAAUUUGCAUGGAACAUACUUAUUGCUGGUUAUUCUCGAACUGGGAAGUUUGAGUUAUGUUUGCAGCUGUUUAGAAAUAUGAGAAAAACGGCAUCCAAGCCUGAUCUUUGGACGUUUACUGCACUUAUGAACGCUUGUGCUGAAUUACCCAAUUCAUACUAUGGUCGAAUGAUCCAUGGGUGCAUUGCGAAGACCAGAUGGAUAUCUGAAGUUGAAGUUAACAACUCCAUAUUAAGUUUUUAUGCUAAAGUAGGCUGCUGUGAAGAUGCAGUUAAGAUCUUUGAGUCAAUAGAAUCCCAUACCCAGGUUUCUUGGAAUGCAAUGAUUGAUGCUCAUAUAAAAGUUGGAGAUGUUCAUGAAGCUCUUGCUGUGUUUCAUCAAGCACUAGAGAAAAAUCUUGUUUCGUGGACUACUAUGAUUACUGGGUAUGCAAAAAGUGGCUAUGUGGAGAAGGCUCUUAGUUUCUUAGUUGACAUGACAAGAAACCUUCUUCGGCCUGAUGAAUUUACUUUUGGAGCUGUUCUUCAUGGAUGUUCUAACUUGGCCUUUGAAGGACCUGGUAAGGUUAUUCAUGGUUGUAUAAUUCGAUAUGGAUUUUGUUCACAUGCUUAUGUUGGAAAUAGCUUAGUUAACAUGUAUGCAAAGUGCGGAGACAUAGACGGAUCAACUCGUGCAUUCAGUGAUAUUAUCGAUAAGGAUUUAGUUACAUGGAAUACAAUGUUGCUCGGAUUAGGUUUACACGGACGAGUUAUUGAAGCUUUAAGAUUUUACGAGGAGAUGUUAGAAUCGAGAAUGAUGCCUGAUAAAGUAACAUUCAUUGGAAUGUUGAUGACUUGUAGUCAUUCAGGUUUUAUAGAAAAAGGCAAAGCGAUUUUUGAAUCCAUGGAGUCAAUUUAUGGAGUUGCUCAUGAAGCUGAUCACGUAGCUUGCAUGGUCGACUUGCUCGGAAGAGGUGGUUACUUACAACAAGCCAAAGAAUUGGUUGAAGAGCACUCUCACAAACUUCAGACCAGUUCAAACGAGACUCUACUUGGUGCUUGUGCCACACAUGGUCAAAUGGGACUUGGAGUAUCACUUGGGGAGGAUUUGAGGAGUUUGAAACCCGAAAGAGAAAUUGGGUAUGUGUUGUUGUCAAAUUUGUAUUGUGCAAAUGGUCUAUGGAAAGAAGCAGAGAAGAUAAGAAAAAUAAUGUUAGAACGAGGAGUGAAAAAAUCUCCUGGUUGUAGUUGGAUUGAAAUGAAAAACGAAGUUAUGGUGUUUGUUGCAGGGAAUGAAUCUAAAAACCACGAAAUGAAUGAAAUGUAUCAGAUGUUAAGAGUUCUAGAGUCUGAUAUGCGAAAUCCUAGUUAUUUUUGUAUUUGAGAAUUAUAACACUUCUUAUCGUUGUUGAAAUCCACAACCGAAACUAUGGAGUGGGAAGAUGAUGACAAUAUCCAACAGGUUUCAUGAUAAAGUUACAACAGAGUUGGAAUGGCUGGGAAGUCAGGAAUUAUCUCACGAUCUUGUUGCUGAGGUUGCUACAGGGUUGAAAGAUUUUGAUUGCAUCAUUGCUGGUCCAGAUCUGGGAUCCACAUUCUUCUGGGUAUUUCUUGGCUGUUCUUUACUCCAAAUGUAGACAGAGUAUACACGUCCUGUUCAGAGAGAGUUCUGAAUGCUGGAGUAAACAGUCAAGAUACUUCUGAGGAAUAUCGGUUGUUUAUAAAGCUGAGAGAGAUGCCAUGCAUCACUUACAUGCCAUCUCUCUGGCAUGAGGUGGGAGUUUACAACUUGAUACCAGUUCAAAUCCAAUACUUCUUGAGGAAUAGUAUGACAAACAGUUGAAGCCAGAGUUGGAUGACAUAUAAAUGUGUAUGGGUUGCGCAUUUGGGUGAUGCCAUGAUAGUAAGAAGCAAAGAAGGUAGGGGAGAAGAAGAAAAAACACUGGAUGAGAAGUGAUAUAAAGUCAGUGAUUGAUUGUUGGGGUAAGAUGAAAACAAAGUUCAUAAUGUAACCAAAUAUAACUGAAAUGUGAAAGCUACUGAAUUUCCAAGAAUUUGAU